AUGCUAUUAGCAACACAUUCUCCACCCACAUCACCGUCCUCAUCCUUCUCUAAACUCGGACCGCGGAUAUCUCUCUAUACCCCACCAUCACACGCCACCGGCGAACUCAUCGUCCUAUGUACAUGGCUUGGCGCAGCCCGAAAGCACAUCGACAAAUACAUUGCAGUCUACCUUACCAUCGCUCCCAAUGCCAAAAUCCUACUCAUCCAAAGCGACGUAACAUCUGUCACAAGCUCCUACCCAGCACAAAACAAAGCCAUCAUACCAGCCGUCGAAGCCGUGCGCUCUGUACUGAGUGACUGCACUUACACACCAUCUACCAACGUCCCUUCAUCUCCAACUGCAAACGCCACCAAAACGCACACAACCCCCAAGAUCCUCUUCCACACCUUCUCAAACGGCGGCCCCAUCUCCGCCACAGCCCUCCUCCUCGCUCUCCAUGCCCAGAAGUCCACACCCUUACCCAUCACCGGUAUCAUCAUGGACUCUGGACCCGCAGCAGGAUACUACUGGAAAUCAUACAACGCUAUGAUUCUCUCCUUGCCUCCAGGCCCAAUACGCUCAGCAGGCUACGUCUUCGUUCACGGUAUCCUGAUCAUCUUGCGGGCGAGUGUGGCGUUGGGACGGUACGAGCACCCUGAGGUACUGUAA